AAAUCCCUUGAAUUCCUGCUGAGAGAAUCAGAGGAAAAUACUCAAAAGUUGGAGGCCAAACUCAAGGGCCUUGUCGAUGACAGGAAAGUGUUGGAACAAGGAUUGUCUGACACUAAGAACAGGCUAGAAGGUGAACUAAAUAUCCUCUCGGUAAGUGGUUAAAGUAAAGCGGUGCAGUGAGCUAGACCUGUCUGUACGUAGCAGUCACCCUUGGGUACACCAACAUGCAGUGGAUGUUAGAGAGAUGGCCUAUUAACACAGGUCACACGUCCGAACACAAGCUAUAUGCAUAUGCUAUAAUUAUAUAUGCGUGGAGCUUAUCAAGUGUAUUAUACUAUAUAUAGAGCCGGGUGACCUGCCAAGAGUGAUCAUGUGCCAAUAGAUUACACAAAUAUUGUGUAUAGAAAGUGCAUGUACACUAUACCGGUUGUAAUCAAUUGUUAUACAGAUAAUUAAGUCAUGCAAAUCUUCAGUCAGAAAAACAGCAUUUCAAUGACCGACUACGUGAUAAGGACACUGCUAUGGAAGAUUUAUCAAAUAAAUUUACUGAGAGUUGGCUAAAGAAAGAGACGCCAUGAUUUGUAAGUGUGACUGGUAUCAAACACAAUUAAAGGAAUCGACACCAGAACACCAUAAACAUCUCCUCAACAAAAAAUUUAAAGAGGUCGAAGACUUGCAUGCAUGAAGAGCUACAUAAAAUAAAGAUUCAGUUAAACGGGCUGACACUGCAGUAUAAAUUAAGAGGCUGAGCUGCAUGGUCCUUGUGAAUCAAAGCAAGAUAAUAGAGACGCAAUUUAAUGACCUAGAGAAGAAAAUGGCUGAAAUUAAGGCACUCUAAAAGCUGCUACAUUUAAACGAACUUCUAGCGAUGGUCGACAACAUCGCAGUACAAGCCCUUGACAACUCACAAAUCGAAGACGCCUAAGUGAAAGCAAUGUUGUGCUAAAUACGCCAACAGAGCAAGGAGCUAAAUUUGGUAUACCGGUACACAAUGUAUACAAGCAUCAACUCCAACAAAUUCCAAACAUCAAGAUCACCAAUUCUGCUAUUACAGCAAUUCCCACCCUCCAGGUAUUGUGACUGCCGCAGGGAUACCUCAAUCUUCCAGUCGGUUGUCUGAUAUUCCCCAAACCAGCACAAAGAAAGUUUACAUGAACCAGCCACCUUCGAAUUCAGUGCCGAAAAAUAAUAAUCUCUACCACGAUAUCGAUGGAAUUCUCAGCCCACCAGACAAUUCUUUGGGAGUACAUUAUCAAAAUGUCCCUUUGUAGAAAGUGCACACGAUUCAAGAAAGGCAUAUGAAAUGGAGCCAUACAAACUAACUCAUGCUGAAGUUAAGGACAAAUCUAGUAGACAAAAUGUCGACCAUGUCCAUAAAUCCUCCCACAAACGAUGGAAGAAUGGAAGGUACAUGUACUUAAAGGACAAGUGAACGAUCAAGAUAUUCUUGACGAGAUGUCACAAAACGAGCUCGUACAACAAGUGAAAUCCCUUGAAUUCCUGCUGAGAGAAUCAGAGGAAAAUACUCAAAAGUUGGAGGCCAAACUCAAGGGGCUUGUCGAUGACAAGAAAGUGUUGGAACAAGGAUUGUCUGACACUAAGAACAGGCUAGAAGGUGAACUAAAUGUCCUCUCGUCAGAAAAACAGCAUUUCAACGACCGACUACGUGAUAAGGACACUGCUAUGGAAGAUUUAUCAAAUAAAUUUACUGAGUUGGCUAAAGAAAGAGACGCCAUGAUUUGUAAGUGUGACUGGUAUCAAACACAAUUAAAGGAAUCGACACCGGAACACCAACAAUCUCUUAAACGUCUCCUCAACAAAAAGUUUAAAGAGGUCGAAGACUUGCAUGAAGAGCUACAUAAAAUAAAGAUCCAGUUAAACGGGCUGACACUGCAGUAUAAAGAGGCUGAGCUGGUCCUUGUGAAUCAAAGUAAGAUAAUAGAGACGCAAUUUAAUGACCUAGAGAAGAAAAUGGCUGAAAUUAAGGCUCUAAAAGCUGCUACAUUUAAACAAACUUCUCGCGAUGGUCGACAACAUCGCAGUACAAGCCCUCGACAAGUCACGAAUCGAAGACGCCAAAGUGAAAGCAACGCUGUGCUAAAUACGUCAACAGAGGAAGCAGCUAAAUUUGGUAUACCGGUACACAAUGUACAAGCAUCAACUCCAACAAAUUUCCAAACAUCAAGAUCACCAAUUCCGCUAUCACAGCAGAUUGUCCAAUUCCCACCCUCAGGUAUUGUGACUGCCGUUGAAGCAGGGAUACCUCAAUCUUCCAAUCAGUUGUCUGAUAUUCCUCAAAACGACACAAAGAAAGUGUACGUGAACCAACCACCUUCGAAUUCAGUGCCUCAAAAUCAUCUCUACCAUAAUAUCGAUGGAAUUCUCAUCCCACCAGACAGCCCACCAGACAUUUCUUCGGGAGUGUUGAGCUCUUUCUUGUAUCUAGACUAAGAACUAGACAGGCUA